AUCGUUUAACGGGGAAAGUGUAUUGUCCGAAUUCUGCUUGGUCUUAUUUAUAAAGUCACAAAAGUCUCCUUGUUGGAAAGAUCGCUCUGGCGAAGAAGAAACAGUAAAAAAAGAAGAAAAACUAACUCCCCAGGUACGGUAAAGAAAGUGCAUUCUGGUGCCCGUCUGGUGCAAUCGAGGGUAAACCCGGAACGGUCCAGUUUUCCGCGCACGGUACCAGUCCGCAGAGUGAAGAAGCGUAGUGAAGAAUCGUGCUGGUUGGUGUUUUGUGGUCGCGGUGCGUUUUUUUUUUUUGCGUGUGUCCUCCCCUGUAUUCGAACGUAUCGUAUCGCUCACGGGCGAGGGUGGGGUGUUUGUUGCUUUGUAGUUGUUGUUGUUUUUUAUUCGCUCCUCCCAUCUAUCUAGCUGGUUCUUUUCCACCCUUCUGGCCCAUUUAGGUUUUUUGUUGGUGGCGUUUUCGGGGCGCACAGUGUUGGUGCCGAAGGUGUCGAAGAACGAGAGUUGCGUGUGUGUGUGUGUGGUUGGCGAGGUCCGGCCGUUCGUGUUUGCGUGUGUUUGUGUGUGUGAACUAAUUACGCGUCGUUCCGGCUCGUCCCGCUUGGCCAUCAAACAUUCAUAAACUCAUACAAACUCACACUAGCAAAAACGUUUUUUUCCGGCACCAGCUGAUGCGUACCAGGUGCAGUGAGAGUGAGAGCAGGAGGGAAACGGUGGUGAACUAAUCAAUGUUCAAUAGCAGCAUCGGCAACGCCGUAUUCAUCGCCAUCCUCACCCACACGCCAACAGCUUCCUCGUGCAGCGACGCACCCGACUGCUCACAGUCCGGCAACUCGGAACGGUGCCGCCGCUGUGGUGUGUGCCUGUGUCUGCCCUAACCUUCUGCUCCGCGCUCGCGACUGCAGAGGCGACGACUGGACGCCGCCGCCGCCCAUCCACCGUAGUGGAACGGUUUAGAUGCACCGGCGACCACCGUGCUGCUGCGUACGACAACGCCGACGAGCAGCUCCGUGAGCGUGGCGUGCCGCUGGGACAACCACCGUUCGCGCUUUUUAAUGCUUCUCUGACGCUCUUGCCGUCCCGCUCCGUUACUGCUGGCCUGCCGCUGCUGCUGCUGCUGCUGCUACUGUUGCUGACACGAUCCGUGCCGCCGGACGGACUGCUCUGACCUCGCCUGAGUGAUUGAGCGGGUGUGUGUGUGUGUGUGUGCAUGCGCUUCCCUAGCGAGUCGGUUCGGCAGAAGUGCAAGAAGGCAGCCGCCAGCCAAACACCGCAACAGCGGGCAGUACGGUUCCCGCCCGCAGCUUAAGCUUCUCUUUAACCCCUACACGCUACUCUUUUUGCGCGCAGUACCAAACGUGGACCUUCGCCGGACAAAAUGGCACCAACGACAACAAUCGAAACCGUCACCAUCACGCGACCACUGAAGGUCAUCGCGUUCAUCUGUGGCGUAAUUGUCAUCAUUCUCAUGAUACUGGCCCUCACCUCCACCGACUGGCUGAUGGCGGAGAGCUGGCGCCAGGGCCUGUUUGUGCACUGCAUCGAGGAGGGGUACGAGCUGCCGCUACCGUUCAACCUGCAGGAUCCGGCCGGCUGCUAUCCGAGCCGCGAUGUCGCCUACAUCAAGGCGACGGCGGCGCUCUGCAUCAUCACGCUCGUUACCGAUGCGCUGGCCACCUUCCUGACCGGGCUGGGGCUGCGCACGCAGGAUCACAACCUCAAGUACAAGUUCUACCGUGUGGCCGUGCUGAUCAUGAUGGUUGCCCUCAUCUCGCUGCUGGUCGCCGUCAUUCUGUACCCGAUUUGCUUCGCUGCCGAGCUGAAUAUUGCCAACCGACUGGUGUGGGAGUUCGGCUGGGCGUACGGUGUCGGCUGGGGUGCGGCCAUCUUCCUGUUCGGUGCGGUCGUCCUGCUGCUGUGCGACAAGGAGUCGGAGGAGAUCUACUACAAGGAAAGGAAAAUUGUACACGACGCAUCGUUAAGAGACUAGGCCAGGGCACACGCUCUGCCCGACGUUGUGCUUUAGACCUAGUCUAGCGAAGAGAGAGAACUCAAGAGAAGACCACGCUCAAAUCACACAAAUCGCCCCCCCCCCCCUUCCUUCACUUCCACACCCCCCUCCUCCCUUUCAUCGAAGCAAAACUGAGGCACCGAAACGACGGACAGCGGGAGACAAAGUCCCCGGGGCACAGCUUGGCGCGUUGUGCCUCAAAAGCAGCCUGAGCAGCAUUUACAACUGGACCAGCUGGCAAAGGGGAAGCAAAGGAUCAAAGCGCAAACCGCGAAGCCGCCAUCCCCGAAACACUUCGUACUGCAUCUCUAAAAUGCGCUAGACAGCCGAAGAAAUUCGGAUGUUCGUUGGUUGCGCUUUGCAAAAGCAACCUGAAACGGAAUGCGUGGGCGGUGGGGAGCAGCAGGGACGAGCGUCUAGUAUUUAUUGAAUUGCCACGAAUUGCCAUAAGUAUGCUCGCCCCAUCCUCCUCCCUCCCACCCCCAUCUACCAUUGAAUCUCAAUUGACGGCGGCAAAGUGGUGGAACUACAUUGGCGCGUACAAACGCUGUACAUACAAAAUCCUUUCGGUCCAAUUGGGGUUUGAGCAUUUGCUAGCGACAACAAAACAAAACCGAAGCAAAAAAAAAAAACCACAACAACAGGUAAAACAGAGCAAAACCACGGCAACCAUUCCCUUUCGUACUACAGCCAGGAACAUCAACCUCCCUCUCCCCUCCUCUUACCCUCAUCCCAAGCACGCGAGCAGCACGCGACAAUGAAACGAUAUCGAAACAAAAACACACAAAAUGGCGAGAGUGGACGCACGUGCGCGAAAAAGGCACGCAGCGGCGCUCGCACACACACACACACACACACGCCACACACAUCACGCUCUUGUUUUACAUUCUCUUGAAAACGAUCGGGCAGCGUUUUUCUUUUCCAGCGUCUUUCUUUUCGUCGUGUCUACUUUGUGGUAGCAUCUAGGCAAACAGACUAGACAAAGUAAAGCGAAGAACGGAAGGAAACAACAACAAACAUAAGGAAGACAACACAAAACACACACACACAUACACACAAAGAACACUUAGGGCUUAGCUUAACAGGGGCAACCAUCUCUAGGUGGUCCGCAAGCCGUCGGGAUUUGUGUAGCGAGCGGGACAGAAAAAGGCAGCAAAUUCGCUUAGGGCACACCCAGGCCAGGCCAGACGAGAGCUACAGUUGCCUUCCCUUCGCCCUUCCCUUCCUCUUCUCUCUCUCACCCCCCUCCUAUUUAACAAUCGAUCAACACACACACACACACAUACACAUACAAUAUAAAACAAAUAUGGUAAUUAAAAUCAAAGCGAAUUCUUGUCAUGUAAAUUAGAAUUGAAUACUCAAACGUUUUUAAACGAAUAAUCGAGCCUCUCGUGUAAUAUAUACAUACAUACAUACAUACAUGCAUGCA